CUGUGCUGCACUCCCUGUUCUGGCUGCAAUGAUUCAGAAGGAACAUCCACACCUAAAACUAAUGACUAGUGAAGGGAAGUACAGCAAGAUUCCCCAUCAUUGCGUUCCUGCGGUUAGACAGGGUGGCCGCAAGAGCCGUGGCUUACAGCUGACUCCAAACUAGCCAAACGAAGAGACAGGAUGGUUACCUUGGACUUUACGGUGGUGACAAAACCGGUGGGCAUCGUGAGAGUUCUGGAGGUCAUCUUCUUGUGUAUCACCUUCAGCCUGAUGGCGUCUGUGGGCUACUCCACUGAUGUUUUUUGGACGUGGUGCUUGUUCACUUGGUGCUUCUGCUUCUGUGUCAGCUUUCUAAUAAUUCUCCUGGAAGUCACCAGCCUCAACACAAAACUGCCAAUCUCCUGGGAUGAUCUAACUACUUCCUUUUCCAUGCUGGCUACUCUGAUGGUGUUCACAGCCUCCAUCAUCUUCUCCUACUUCUUCACUUGUCCAUCCUGCAGCCGCAUGAUUGGUGUCUGUGUGACCUCCUUUCUGGCCUACAUCCUGUACGCCAUAGAGGUCGGAAUGACUCGAGCAAAGCCUGGGGAGAUAAGGGGCUUUCUUGCCACCGUUCCAGGCCACCUCAAAGUUCUUGAGGCCUUUGUGGCCUGCAUCAUCUUCAUCUGCCUGGGUUAUCAGCACUACUCCUGGUCUCCAGGGCUCCAGUGGUGUGUUGCGGUCUACUCCCUUUGCUUUAUUUUUUCCUUCCUUUUUAUUGUUUUAACCAUCUGCCGCCUGCUGUCGCUCUUCCCUGCUCCUUUGGACAAAGUCCUGAGUGUCUGUAACGUCGUGGCAGUGCUGAUGUACAUCACCGCCGCUGUCAUCUGGCCCGUAUACAGCUUUAAGUCCAUCCCAAACUACAAGGGUUUUUUGUGGGAUUUAAAAGUUGUUGUUUCUUUCAUGACCUGUUUCAACCUUGCUGUUUACAUAGCAGAUACGGUUUAUUCAUUCAGGGUACAUUUCAUCAGCAGGGAGGCACAAACCUAAUCCCACUCGUUCCAGAUGCACCAGUUGCUGAUUUUUAACGCUAUCGCUGUACAGAAACAGCACAUUUUAUUUGACUUUGGUCAGUUUCUUUUACUGAGGGAAACGUUUAAUUUAGAAAUUAAUUCAACUUGUUAAAAAUCCUUAUAAAGUAUGCUCCAGAAAUAGAAAUGAGUUUUUUAUUAGGGAAUAUUUGCUGUCUUACAGGUGAGAGUUUACUGACACCUGUAAUCAGAACGUGAUAAAAAAAACAAAGUAAAUAUUACGUAGUUUAAUUAAUCGUAAGGUUACACUAAAAUGAAUGAGUGAUUUAGCCUUUAUAGUAAAACCAAAUCUUUGUGUGGAGCCACUUCAAAUUAAAAUCAGGGAAAAUGAUUAAUUACAUUCUAUAAUUAGCAUAAGUAUGCUUAUGGAUGUGUGUGUGUGUGUGCGUGAGUGUGUGUUUGUGCGUGCGUGUGUGUGUGUAUGUAUAUAUGUGUGUGUGUAAAUGACCAUGUGUGUGGGUAUACAUGUUCUUAUGUGUUUUUAGGUAUUUUUAUUCUUCAUUUAUUAUGGUUGUUGUCUGUUUUAGAGAGCGAACAUCUACCGAAGACAAAUUCCUUGUAAAUGUAAUUUUACUUGGCCAAUAAAUCUGAAAUCUGAAUCUGAUCUGUAAUUAUUUUGUUGUUCAGUUUAUGUUCCAGUUUUUAAAAAUUGGUUCAGGUUUACUGAAAAAUAUUGAUUUUCUCAGAGUGACUGUCUGGAGCAUGCUAACAAACCUUUAGUAGGACAGUAACAAUGAGCUCUCAGGGCAUUUUCCACUAACUCUGGUGCUGAAAUUGUGCAAAAUAGUUUGUAAUGUUUAUAUUUUUCUGCUGUAGACAUUCUGUGCACUUUUCUUAAAGUUUUGGAAAGAAAAUCCUCCUUUUACCAUAAUUAAAUUAAAUAAAUACAACUUAUUUUCUUUUGGACAAAGUUUUAAGAAGCCUUCAGGGGAGCAGAAGAGCCACACUUGGUCCUGUUGGUGCACAUUUAUAGUUUGAGAUCUUAAAAUUAAGGCUGCUAAUAAACUGACGUAUAACAGGCACAUAAUGAUGUACGUAUAAUAAUAAAUAAUCCAGAGUGUUGUGGUUUCAACGUUUCAUGUAAAAUGUCCUGUAAACUUUGUUUUGUUUAGAUUUACAGUUAAACUCUUCCUUUAGGUGUAAAUCUCCACCGUCACCUAAAGAAGGAGCCAGCAACCAGAAAAAGAAGAUUCUUCUUUAGUAACCUGAUACCUGAGUCAGAAUUCAUGUUAAAAUCUGUUGCUUUUUUUAUCGCUGCAUCACAAACUUUUGUUUGGUAAUUAAUUGAGCGUUCAGCAUCUUUACAGUCGUGUGUUGCACCUCUUUUUGCAAAUAUUGUUUAGAUGCUUUUUGCAGCUUUUCUGCUCAGCAGUGAUUUAUUCAAACAGCAAACAGAUGUGUGUCGUAUUGUGCAACAGAACUAAUCUUUCAGUCACACGACUUUGUUUUUAAAGGCUGAACAUAUCCUGUGAUGUCAUGUUUGGCUUUCAGCCACGCUUUGGGAAACUGAUGUGAAAAAUAGCAUUUUUUCACACUACUUGGUGUUUUUCUGACCACAACCUGUAAGAAUCCCAAGAAAGAUUCCAGCUGUGGAUUUUUUUUUCUAUUUUAGGGUUUCGGUACCUCACACUUCUACAACAGCUGUGGUCUGUUCAGCAUGGAUACUCUUUGUUUGGUUUGUAAUUAAUAUCUUGGAAAAUAGAACAAACUGCAAUCCUUAAUUUUCUUAUUUUUAUUUAAAUUGGGCCCAUCAGGUUUUGGCAGAGCUGAGAUAUAUGACACAGAGCAGCUGUCACACACACACACACACACACACACACACACACACACACACACACACACACACACACACACACACACACACACACACACCGGCACAUUAACAAUGUUAAAAACAACUCCAGUUCUAUAAAGGUGUGACAUUUCCUUUUAGUUACUGGUUUGUUUCUGAUCACUCUUAUGUUUAGACCUGCUUUCAAUGUUGACCUAAGAUGCGUGUAACUAUUUUCCACCAUGUCAUCUCAGCUCGUUUUCAUUAAACUUGGACGUUUUAAACCA